AUGGGCAGCAGAGUUUUAGAUGACCUCAAGUGUAGGGAUGGAUGGGAUUUGGGUGACCAGCCAAGAAUGUAUUUGAACGCUCAAACCAAGAGUCCUGGCCGGUCGUCAGUCUCUUUUGAUAAUGAGAUUGUGAUGAUGAACCAUGUUUACAAAGAACGCUUUCCUAAGGCUACAGUUCAAAUGGAGGAACGACUUCAGGACAUUAUCAGCAGCUUUUCACCCAGCAGUGUCCUGCCACUUGCAGAUGGAGUGCUUGGGUUCAUCCACCAUCAGAUCAUUGAACUGGCCCGAGACUGUCUGGAGAAAUCACAAAACGCCCUCAUCACUUCCCGCUACUUUCUCGAGUUACAGGAGAAUUUGGAGAAGAUGCUGCAGGAUGCAUAUGAACGGGCAGCAAGCGAUGAGGUCAUGUUCAUUACUCAGUUGGUCAGGAAAUUACUGAUGGUCAUCGCCCGGCCAGCUCGGCUCCUUGAAUGUUUGGAGUUUGAUCCUGAGGAGUUUUAUCAUUUGCUGGAAGCAGCAGAGGGUCAUGCAAAAAUUGGGCAUGGAAUAAAGACCGAUCUCCCACGGUAUAUCAUCAGUCAGCUGGGCCUGACCAAGGACCCACUCCAAGGAAUUGUUCCAUUGGAUGAUGGAAACACAACCUCUCUGCAGAAAUCAGAUUUUCAGGAUGUUUAUAGUAGUUCUGAGCAUCUGGCAUCUCCUUCCAGCCUGAGCCCUUCAUCAGCGGAAUGCAGCCAGAGUGAGGAACGAGGAGAGCAACACAGUCCAAAGCACUCACUGAACACAAGCCCUGGCCUGAGACCCCGAGCCUCCUCAGCAUGCUCCCACUUUGACAAAGGUGUCAGUGCCACUCACUGUGUUUCCAGCUCGGACACCAUACCCUGGUUUGCAUUCUCCAACGAGGAUGAGAGUGAGAUCUCAGCACUGACCCAACAAGCAUUGCAGCCAGAGAGGCAAGGAUUGCAAACAGAGUCAAGCAGAACCAGAGCUCGAACAUUCUCAGAUGUUCUUACCAACAGUAUUAAUCGCAUACGCAUACGUAGCAACAGCAUGGGGCACAGAAGCUCCACUCCGAAAGGACUGUGUCCUAUAACACCUCACAAAAUCAAGGGUCAGCUUGAAAUGACAGAGGAGAGUUGGUUGGCCACUGCAAGUACAGUGCCCAAGUCUGCAUCAGUCAGCGCCCUCUCACUUACUAUCUCACCUGAUGGGUUUGCUUCUGUUCCACUGGUUGGUCCUGUGUCUCCAAGAUCAUUUUCAUCGAACACCUCAUCUCGAGACUCCUCACCAAGUCGUGAUCACUCAUCGAACAUCACAAGUCUGCGAACUCCAAUAAUUAUUCACAGUUCUGGAAAAAAAUUUGGAUUCACGUUGCGAGCAAUUCGAGUUUAUGUGGGGGACAGCGACGUAUAUACUGUGCACCAUAUGGUUUGGAGUGUAGAAGAAGGAGGCCCAGCUCAUGAGGCAGGAUUGAGUGCUGGUGACCUGAUCACACAUAUCAAUGGAGAAUCUGUCCUGGGACUUGUUCACACAGAGGUGGUGGAACUCCUCCUGAAGAGUGGAAACAAGGUAGUGCUGUGCUCCAUGCCACUGGAGAAUUCUUCGAUAAAGAUUGGCCCUGCCAGGAAGAUGAGCUUCAAAGGCAAGAUGGCUCGAUGUAGCAAAAGGAACCGAAGGAAGGAUGGCCAGGAAAGAAAGAGAUCACACUUCAAGAAGAUUUCCAAGCAGGCACCAGCGAUACGCACGAGCAAAAGCUUCUCAUCUGCCUUGCAGCUGUCUCUUUCACCCAGUGAAAGUGUUCCAGGGUCACCAACGCACAGUCUGUCUCCAGGACCAGCAACACCCUGCCCAAGUCCUGCUCCUGAGCUCAAUUCAGGGAUUAAUUCACCUCAGAACAUCUCCCCUGGAUCAAGUGCUCCAAGCUCACCAGCUGGGAAUAUCAGACCUUGCACCCUCCACGGACUGGCUGUCAAACCCAAUAACCAGCGUUACAAGGCUGGACAUCGUAAAUCUAUCAACAGCAUUCCACCUUCCCCUCUGGCAUGCACACCAUCACCAACACCUCAAGUGGCCAUGCCGCACCAUUCUCCCUCACCUUUAUCAUGCUAUUCAAAAAAUAUCCAAUCAUAUCCUUGCAAGAUGCUGUCACCUCCAACCACUGUUAGAAAUUCAAUUCGAGCUCGAACUGGAGAUUUCCCACGGUCACCAUUACUGAAAUGUAUGCAAUCAGCAGAGAAACUGUCAGCUGCACAUGUUACAGAUAAGAAACAGUGUGGCUCAGUAAAACAAGCAGAAAUAUCUCCAUGUGAAGGAAGACAUGAAUUUUUGCAGAAAGAAUGUCAAAGUGUAGCUGAGAUGGACAAGAACCAAGGGUUAGGUGGCAGGCAGCACUCAGGAGAGAACAUAUACCAUGUUCACACAGGAACUCAGAGGCCAAGGCAGCAGACAGCAGAGCAAUGUGACAGGGACCGAGACAUAGUCAUGUUGAGAAAGCUAAAUUGGUCAGAACGUCGUGAUUCAUUUAAGAAACAAGAAGCAGUUCAGGAAGUGAGUUUUGAUGAAGCAGAUGUGACAUUAACUGCUACUGAUCGGCAAAGAAUGAGGAAGGAGAGAGUCAGUGGAAGGAUAGAGGGAGGAGGUAAUGCAGAUGUAAACUAUUCUCAGCAUAAAGCAGCAUGGCUCAGGAAAGAGUUCAUUUCUGACUCGAUGCCUGAAGCAGCUGCAGAAUAUUCUAGACUUAAAGAGCCCAACAGCUGGAAAUCAGUGCCAGACGUUGAUGUCUAUAAAUCAAGGAUGGAAAAUCCUACAAAGGGAGUAAUGGAAUGGGAGCGUCAGACAACCAAUCCCAUUCUGGGUUUGUGUGAAGAUCCUUUUGGAGACUUGUCAACAGAUAGUACAGAAAUCGACAGCUGUAGAAAACAGUGGGCACCAGUUCAGAGGCCGAAGGGAGAGGAAUUGCAGUCCGAGAUGGAAGCGAUAGCCAGAUCAACAGGCAUGUUGCUCAGUUUUGUACGUUGCCCCCAUCAAUCAGAUUUACUGCAGAGUCAAGAAAAAGCUCAAAGCUGCUUCAGAACAGAUGAAAGUGUAACGCAAACUGAGCUAAUGUUAGGUGCCUGUGAAUCUGGGCAUCACAGCAAAAAAGCAGCAACGUGCAGCAGAGGGCAUUUGGCAUAUACAGACACGGAAAUUGCACUCAAUGUAGACAAUAACAACACAAUCUCUUCAAACUCGUCAACCAGGAAAUCAACAAGAAAUCGCAAGAAAGGAAAAGUUAAAAACUGAGCCCUAUAGUUAAUAGAACAGAACAACGAGAAAUCAUAAAAGUGAAUUUGGACUAAAUUGAAUCAUUUGAGGAGUUGUCAGGGUAGUGAGGCAGAGCUGCUGGAAUAUGUUUUUAAAACACCUUUUAUGAGACUAAAAUCCUCAAGUUCAGUUAUACAGAAAAUCACAUUUACUUGGGAAAUCAUCAAAAAUUACUCUCAUGGUCACAGGAGAAGAUAUGUUAGAACAAACCUAGGGACAGGCAACAAUGUAUUUCUAACAGCAAAACUUUUUAAGGUUUUACAGCAGUGUUUGAUACAUAUAGUAACAGGAUGAUUGAAUGUAUCUUCAAGCAACAAUGCAACAUUUUCAGAACUAAAAAAAAUUUAACCUAAUUCUCAUAAACGAGUGCUACAUUUUUCAACAUUCAAACCUUGAUAAAGCAAUUUGCUCAUUCAGCUUGGAGACUUCCUCUAUUAUAUAAUGUGAUCACUUAAACCCCAUGUUCACUUGUUGGUAAAAUGACAGAGAAGCUGUUUGAGGUCAAUCCUUUGUAAUGGGUUUCCUGUAAAAACCCAUUGAUAAUCAGAAAAGUUAGCAGGCAGUGCUGAACAUUUUAUGGCAGAGUUUUCACUAUUUCGAAUUCUAGUUAAAAGUCCGCCUAUGUUCUGACCUUGUUGCUUGUUGAGAAGUGAAAUACUGCAUUAAUAGUUGACAUCAAUUGUAAUUUAGGAGCUUUACUCUGUCUCUAACCCCGUGCUGUACCUGCUCUGGAGUGUUUGAUGGGGACAAUAUAAAGGAAGCUUUACUCUGUCUCUAACCCUGUGCUGAAUGUGAAUGCUUGAUGAAACUAAUUAGAGAUGCCUUUGCAGAAUGCAGCAUUUCUUGGUGUGAGUGGAUCUGCCGAGCUUGUCAUUCAUCUUUAUGCACAAUUUUUGACAUCAAUCAGUUACCAUCUUGUGCGGCCUUGACGUAGUGGAUGUCAAUAAGUGAACUCCAUGGAAUUUAUUCUAUCCCUUGUGGACUGUAACUGUUGCAGUUUGUGUUGUUCAACGAUGUCGCUUACCAAUGUACUUUAAAAGUCUGACACUGAACCUCAGUCCUUGAACAUUUUGCCUUCUGGAAUGAGUAAGUACCUUAGUUGUGUGCUAGUUAUGAGCUGCUGGGGUUCCAGAUUACACGUCUAGGCUAAUUAUUGUCAAUUUUAAUCUUCUCUUAAUUGUUACAGAAAGACCUGUAUCAUUGACAGCCUAUUGUUGCUCUUGUCCCUGUGGUGAUUCAGAUGUUAUGUAUCUUGCGGCUAAUGUGAAGAGUUAGAUAUCCCAGCAUGCUAGCUGAGAUUCAUGAUCAGUUGGAAACCUCAUAAUGUCUGAGUUGACAGGCUGCAAGUUUCCCCAAAAAGAUUCCUGUUACAACAUCAUUAGUCACUGAAUUUGACAGAGAAAGUAAUUUCUAGGCUUAUACUGCAAACUAUUCUUGAAACUGAAAUGAAAUACUGAAGUAAACAAAGAUUAUUGAAAGUUCCUUUCUUGUGAGUGGUCAAAUCCAAUAUGCUGAAUCUGGAGAUGUCUGUCAGGAAGGGAAAAGUUCUCUUCCAAUUCUCAUCCUGCAAUUUAAACUGUUCCUCACGUUUGACAAGAUGCACCAUGACUCUGAUUGAUUCGGUGAGGAAUGAAAUACAAUUUUAACUAAAGUCGCACUCUGGGUUGUGCAUUUUCUUAUUGGCUUAAUAUCUAACUUUUUUUUACUUUCAACAUGCUGGAUUUUGUUUAAUUGUCUCUCUGUAACAGAUUUUAAUAAAGGAUUUUGUCUUCUUAACA